CGUCAUUUUGACAAUUGUAAUUUAAGGUUAUAAAUAUAAUAUUUCAUUAAAAUAUCUAACAAGUUUAAAUUAAGACGAUUUAUUAAAUUCUUUUAAUUAACCAGUAAUUAUGUUCAACAGUAUAUCAAUGUGUAAAACCUUAAAAUCGUGUAAUGUUUUGUUCUAUAAGCGAAAUUUCAGUAUCUCCACUAAAUUGUUAGACACAAAUUCUUCUGAUGCCUCAAUCACAUCAGAGAAAAGCGGCUUCGCUAAAUCUUUUGAAAAACAAUCACAAUUACUUCAAGAAGAAAGCGUUCCAAAACAUAACUUCGCCUCAUUACUUCGAAAUUCUAAAUUAAUUGAUCUUGGAGAUCCGAAAGAUAAAAUUGUAAUUGGAAAAAUAUUUCAUGUUGUUGAAGAUGAUUUGUACAUUGACUUUGGUUGGAAAUUUCAUUGCGUUUGCACAAGACCCACAAACAGAAAAGAUGACUAUGUCAGAGGAGCAAGAGUAAGAAUACAAAUAAAAGAUCUUGAGCUAUCGUCAAGAUUUCUUGGUUCUAACACUGAUCUCACUCUCUUGGAGGCUGAUUGCAAAUUAUUAGGCAUAAUAUCCUCACCCAUUAGACCAACGACAAGUGAAAAAAGUAGUUGAGUCUCUCUGCGUAUAUGUGUUUGUAAAUAGUCUAUAAAAUAAAAAUAUGUAGUUAUC